UUCACCUCCAAAAUCCUCCUCCAGACUACACCCGUCUACCACCCCAACCCUCGCCCCCCUCCAUCAACGUGCAAUUGCCGCUCAAUUGCUCUCUACCGGCCAUGUCUCAACUCAGCUCUGCCUCGACGGCUCUGCUGCGCACCUGCGCUCGCCAGCAGCCCGCCACCGUCGCCCGAUCCGCGCUUGCCGCUGCUCAGCAACAACGAGGUGCCGCCAAUGCUGGAGCCAAGGCCUCCUUCGAGAGCCCCUUUGGUAGCACUGCGGAGGAAUCGGGUGCGACUUUGAAGAUUCCUAGCUUCAAGAAAUACAUGUCCAAGUCGUCGCCCUCGUCGAACAAGGUGUUCUCGUACUUUGUUGCCGGAACCAUGGGUCUCGGGUCGGCUAUUGGUGCGAAGGCUACUGUGCAUGACUUCCUUACCAACAUGUCCGCCUCUGCCGACGUUUUGGCCCAGGCCAAGGUUGAAAUUGCUCUUGAUGCCAUCCCAGAGGGCAAGAAUGUUAUUAUCAAAUGGCGCGGCAAGCCCGUUUUCAUCCGCCACCGUACCGCAGAAGAAAUCCAGGAGGCCAACGACACUGACUGGAAGUCUCUUCGGGAUCCUCAGCCCGAUGAGGAUCGUGUACAGAAGCCUGAGUGGCUCAUCAUGCUUGGCGUCUGCACUCACCUUGGUUGUGUCCCCAUUGGCGAAGCCGGUGACUUUGGUGGCUGGUUCUGCCCUUGCCACGGUUCUCACUACGACAUCUCCGGCCGUAUUCGCAAGGGACCAGCACCAUUGAACCUCGAGGUUCCCGCAUAUAACUUCCCAUCUGAGGAGUCUCUUGUUAUUGGUUAAGCGUACCAGAAAACGAAAACAAUAUUAAGAGAAAACCAAAAAGACAGGCCCAUCAUUCCCAUGUUUCAAUACUAUCUAUACCUUGUGUUAUCGGUGUGACCGACUCAUCCAUCCAUCAAUCUUGAUCCGAGGCAGAAAGUGCUUUUUUCUUGUUUCAAAAAGAUAUUAUAGAGAAAGAGCGCCAGUGUACUAUCUAUCAUGCUAUUAUUUCUGUUGGAUCUUGUCAGAAGGACAAACAAGCCGCAAAUACGCGCCAAUUGGUUCUGUUGGUUAUUGUUUUUCUUCUGUUUCUUUGAUGUCAUCAGUUGAACGAAGUAGAACCUUUCUUUUGUUUGUAAAUGAAUUUAACCCAAUCACCUAUAA